CGCGCUUUGUUUCGGCGCCGGCAGCGCUAACGCGGCACCUCGGUCACAAAGAGCCUCCGCUGCCUGCGACAGGCUGCGGGGAAGCUGCUCGCCACAUGUGCUCCCUAGGUCUUCCUAUUGGCGUGCUCGGCAGAAGGGGCUGGUCCUUGGAAAUCAGCUCCUGUGCCUGUGACAGAUUAUAUUUUUAUGCAAGAAAACAAAACCAGGAUAUCUGAUGGACUGCAUUAUCUUUCCACACAGCCUGGAGCUACAACUGCAAAGCAAGAAGUUUUAUGCUCAGACUUCAAAACUGAACACCAGGAGUUCAGAUCAUUUCUAUGAGAAUACAGGUAUUAAUAAUGAUUGUGUGAUCGUGUUUUUGAAAAAAUAAAAGGUAUUUCCUGGCUGCAUAUGUGGAGUUAUGUUUCUUAAGAAAACCAAGAAUGAAGUCAUUGUGAUCUCUGAUGGAUGAAAAUUGUUGGAAUGGAAACUAACAUCUACGAAGAAGAACUAGGCUCACCUUAUCUUACAUCUGCCAAGUGCCUGGGGACUCCAAAGGAAGCAAAGUAUGAAGAAUACCAAACAAAGACAGAAGAACAGGAAAGCCCAUCUGAAUUUCAUAACGUUUUAUUGGAAUCUGAGUUGAGUUUGUCAUCUACAUCACCCUUAUUAGACCACCACGGGACAUCCUUGGAACCUGGAGAGGUUGCCAGCUAUGUUAGCGCCCCUGCUCAGCCGGAGACAGAGCAGCUUUGUGAAGAAUUACUGAGUUCUUCAGGGCACAAGCCCAAGGAAGAUCCUUUAAACCUCCCCUCACACACAGAAUGCCCACUCCUUCCACAAAAGAAUCCAGACCGGAAAUUGGAAAGAUGUCAUGAGAUUAGUGUCAUAAAACACAAACCAAGUGCUAUCACAUUUUCUGAUUUUGAAUUUUUAUCCCAUGAAGCUAACACUAAACUCUACAUUUGUGAAGUAGGAGAAGGAGCAGAUUUUUCAUCUGAAGAGGAAAAAGCAGAUGGUAGAGGUGAUGAUGAUAUGUUUACAGAACUGCCAAGGUAUGAGGCAUUUUUCAAUGGUCUUCAUAAGAGAAGUGUUUUCCAAAGAAAACAAGCUAAACAUGAACCUACUAAAUAUCAACACAUCUGUCAUUUAGAAGAUUGUAGUGAUCAUUCCAAAAAGGAAUUGAAGGACUAUGACAAAGAAGAGAAACACAUGGAGCUGGAGACUCAGCCAGGAAAAGAAUCUGAAUGGUCAGACUCAAUGUCAUGUCUUAUGAAGAAACUGGAACAAUUGAAUUUAGAUAUUGAAGAAGCUCUGAGUGCUGGCUCUUCUCCCUCCAAUACUCCUUCUGUCAAAAGGCACAAGCAACUGUGCUCUUUUCAAGUGGAGACUGGCUUUUAUGGAGAUCCUCAAGGAAAGGGAUCUUGGAAAAAUAGAAAAGCAGGCUACCAGGAUCUAGAUUGUCUAUCUUUUCCAGUGCCAACUGGAGCACGACCAAAAACUGAUAUGCUGCUUCAGAAGCUGUACAAAGAAAAAGCAGAAAUUGAAGCAAAGGAAGCGUGUGACUGGUUACGUGCAGCUGGAUUUCCUCAAUAUGCUCAGUUCUACGAAGAUUCUCAGUUUCCCAUUGACAUUGCCGCAGUAAAGAAAGAUCAUGAUUUUCUUGACAAGGACCUUGUAGAACCUCUUUGCAGACGACUGAACACAUUGAACAAGUGCGCCUCAAUGAAACUCGAUGUGAACUUACAAAGAAAAAAGAGUGAAGAUUCAGAUGAGGAAGACCUCUGUGCUAUCAGUAAUAAAUGGACUUUCCAAAGAACCAGCAGGCGAUGGUCUCGAGUGGAUGACAUCGAUGCAUUGUUUCACCGAUCAGACAGACAUGGGUCUUCUGGGGACAUUAAAAUGAAAAAUACAACAAGCAGUGAGAGUGUCCUUACAGAUCUGAGUGAACCUGAGGUCUCAUCUAUUCACAGUGAGAGCAGUGGGGGUAGUGACAACAGGAGUCAGUCCGGCAUCAGCAGCGCUGUCAGGGAGAUCUGCAACUGCUCUGGACAGCAUGAUGUAGAAAACACGCUUCUGCAAGACUCCACUUCAGUAAGCACUCUCCUGGCCCCCAAGGACAACCUGAAGAAUGAGAAACCAACAAGAACAAAAGCAAAAACUUUUCUGAAACGCAUGGAGACAUUAAAAGCAAAGGGUAUGCAUGGAAAACUAAAAGGCUCGGGAAGAACAGGUCCUUUAGAGAUAAGUGGACCUGUUCUUCAGUAUGAGCCAAAAUCCUUGAAAGACAUGCACUGUGUACAGAUAGUCAAUGGUGAUCUCCAAAACUUAGGACAAGAUUCAGUCAAAAGAGGACUCUCCUUUUCUGCCAAAUCCAGCAGUGACAGCAGUCAGUCCGAGAACAGCAGCAGUGGGGUGAGCACACCAUGUCUGAAGGAACGCAAAGGUCAUGAAGCAAACAAGAGGGGUGGCAUGUAUUUGGAGGACCUAGAUGUUCUGGCAGGAACAGCCUUACGGCAAGUGGUAGACCAAAACCGAAAAAAUGAAUUUCAUUCCCAAGAGAACUUGGUUGUGCAUAUUCCCAAGGACCACAAACCAGGGACCUUCCCAAAGGCACUUUCUAUUGAAAGCCUUUCACCUACAGACAACAGUAAUAAUGUAAACUGGAGGACAGGCAGCAUCUCUUUGGGAAAACAGAACUGCUCUACUCCAAAAGAGGCUGGAUUGAUGGCUUGCUGUCCAAAAGAGAGCAGAGUUAGUAUUUAUGACAACGUGCCAGGUUCCCACUUGUAUGCCAGUACUGGGGACCUCCUGGACUUAGAGAAAGAUGUCCUUUUUCCUCAUUUAGAUGACAUUUUGCAGCAUGUCAAUGGACUCCAGGAGGUGGUAGAUGGCUGGUCAAAGAAUGUGUUGCCAGGUCUGCCAGUUGAUGACAUGUCCUUGAAGGAAUCUCCAUCAUUGCCUUUCCAGUCACCCACACAGAUCACACUUGAUUUUGAAGGGAACUCUGUCUCUGAUGGCCGAACCACACCAAGUGACAUGGACAGAGAUGGAACAUCCCUGAAUGAGUCAGAAGCCACCGGUGGUAGGGAUAGGAGAGACUCUGGGGUGGGAGCAUCUCUCACAAGGCCAAGCAGGCGUUUACGGUGGCAUAGUUUCCAAAUCUCUCAUCGCCUAAGCCACUCCAUAGCAUCACUUCACAUCAGUAAUCAGUCAGCAGCCCAACUGAAUCUACUGCAAAAAUUCUCUCUACUUCGUCUUACUGCCAUCAUGGAAAAAUACUCUAUGUCAAACAAGCAUGGCUGGACCUGGUCUGUGCCAAAGUUCAUGAAGAGGAUGAAAGUCCCUGACUACAAGGACAAGAACGUCUUUGGUGUGCCUUUGAUAGUUCAUGUCCAGAGAACCGGACAGCCUCUUCCCCAGAGCAUACAGCAAGCACUGCGCUACUUACGCAGCACAUGUCUAGAUCAGGUGGGUCUGUUUCGAAAAUCCGGAGUGAAAUCCCGAAUCCAGGCCUUACGUCAGAUGAAUGAGAGCUCCCCGGAAAAUGUCAGUUACGAGGACCAGUCAGCAUAUGAUGUGGCAGACAUGGUAAAGCAGUUUUUCAGGGACUUGCCAGAACCUCUCCUCACAAGUAAGCUGGGAGAGACCUUUCUACACAUCUACCAGUAUGUUCCUGCAGAGCAGCGGCUGCAGGCAGUGCAGGCAGCCGUCAUGCUGAUGGCAGACGAGAACCGGGAAGUCUUGCAGACGCUGCUGUGCUUCCUCAGCGAUGUCACCUCCGUGGAGGAGAACCAGAUGACUCCCAUGAACAUCGCUGUUUGCCUGGCCCCUUCCCUCUUCCACCUUAACAUAGUGAAGAAGGAAAGCUCCCCAAGAGUGAUACAGAAAAAAUACGCAACAGGGAAACCAGAUCAGAAGGACCUCAGUGAAAACCUGGCAGCUACUCAGGGACUUGCUCACAUGAUAAUGGAAUGCAACAAACUUUUUGAGGUCCCACAUGAGAUGGUCACCCAGUCUCGAAACUCCUAUGUCGAUGCUGAAGUGCAUUCUCCCACUCUGGAAGAACUAGGGAAACAAGUGGAUGAAGAAGGAGGGAACUAUCAGAUGUACCUUGAAAGUCUCAUGCAGACUCUCCAGAAAGAAGCAAAAGAGAAAUUCAAAGGAUGGGUCACAUGUUCCAGUUUAGAGAACACAGAACUCGCCUACAAAAAGGUUGGGGAUGGGAACCCUCUAAGGCUUUGGAAAGCCUCUGUGGAAGUUGAAGCUCCCCCAUCAGUUGUCCUGAACCGAGUGCUGAGAGAACGCCACAUUUGGGAUGAGGACUUCUUGCAGUGGAAGAUUGUCGAAAGCCUGGACAAGCAAACGGAAGUUUACCAGUAUGUUCUGAAUAGCAUGGCGCCUCAUCCUGUCCGAGAUUUUGUUGUUCUAAGGACGUGGAGGACCGACUUGCCAAAGGGGAUGUGUAUGCUGGUGGCUAUCUCUGUGGAGCACGAGGAGGCCCCUCUCAUGGGAGGUGUGCGAGCCAUUGUGAUGGACUCGCAGUACCUAAUCGAGCCAUGUGGCUCAGGAAAAGCCAGGCUGACCCAUAUCUGCAGAAUUGACCUAAAAGGACAUUCCCCAGAGUGGUACAACAAAGGCUUUGGACAUCUGUGUGCAGCAGAAGUUGCCAGGAUCAGAAACUCAUUUCAGCCUCUGAUUGCCGAGGGACCAGAAACGAAAAUCUGAGGAAGUGUUCAUGGAAGUGUGUGAGCAUAAAUCAGGGUAUGGCAGAGUAGAAGGACACAAAGCAAAGACCUUGUUUAAUUUACUUGUAAUAGAAAUCUGACUAAAACUGGGUCUGAACUAAGGUGAAAGAGGAAUUUUAUAGGAAAGUUCUUUUAUUCUGGAGACUUCACCUCCCCCCACGACAGCCUUUCCACAUUAAUUUCAAUUAUUGAAGUAAACAUUUUUUCAAAGAGAUUUUAUCAUUAUUACUUUAAAAUUAGACUAUUACCAUUACGUGUGUGUUACAUAACUCUGGUAUUUAAAGGCUUCUAAGAAGCGUAUUUUAAUUGUAAAUAAAUUAUGUACAGAAUGUAUAUAUUAUAUCUAUAUUAUAUCUAUAUAUAUGUAUAUGUAUAAAUUAAUUAUUUUGUAUAUAACUCAGUGCUUUGUAGAAGAAAUCACCUGCAUCAGCUGGACCUUAAAUGAAUCCGUCACUUGUUUUUUAGUGUGACACUGCUAUAUAAGCUGUGUUUGCUAUUAUCACAGGGCUACCAGGCAAAAUCCAUGUGAUAACAGAAACACCUGUUUUUAAAUUUGUUCCGUGUUUGUGUAUGCUACAAGGAGGUACCUGGAAAUAGAUGUAGGAAGAAUUAAAAGAACUGAGGAGGAGGGAGGUUAUUGUAUGUUUAAAAGUGAUAAGGAAUGAAUCAGUAUCACCAAAUAAAAUAAAUGGAAAUGUGACCGAGGUAGGCAUUUUGAAGGCCAUCUAUAUUCAGCUGCAGAAGGUUUGUGACUGUUAGUACAAGGUGAUGAAAGUUUACCUAUAGCCUUAAUUAAUGAUGUAUUUGCCACUAGAGAAUCUCACUGUUUGCAGUGUUCAAAGUAACUGCUCAUUCUUAGCAAGUACAAGAUGACGCUGUGUGUACUGAGGUGACCUCAGGUGACCUCCUUGUCUGAAGUCAAACUGGUAAGUUAUUAAGCUGUAAAUCUUUUGUUUAGCAUUUUGUCCAGUAAGUGUUUCUGUGUUGUUUUUUCCUUCUUCCAUAGAGAUGGCUAAUUAUUAAGAAACUCAAAAAGCAGAUUUUCCACAUCCAGUGACCACAGAGAUGUGCAGAUAAAUACCAUGCCUUUUUAUACUCUUCCUAUAAAAAUAACUGAACUUUUUAAAGCUUUUAAACACAUCUCAAAGAUCUGAAAUACUAAAUGCAGACUAUGCUUGGGAAGAUCACUUUUGCAAUAACAGCAAGCGUUUUCAUACUAUAUUGCACUGAUCUGCAUGGUCCUGCCUCUGAUGGCUUGGUGGGAGCAGGAUCAGCCCUGACUAUGAGGAGUAAGAGCCAUUUAAGCCCAUUACAUCAUUUCGUUUUCAGGGACCUAUUACUUUCUAAUGGAAGAAUGCUUUAAAAGUAGUAAUAAUAACGUGUUGACGUUACCUUUGAGAAGGGGUUCUGUUUUGUUUUUAACUAACCUAAGACCAAAAAUGAACUUGUAUGUAUGAGUCAAUGAGAAUGUACAAGUCAGUUAAUACUGUACUUCAUUAAUCGCUUUUGUUUAUUUAUUGCUGCAUAAACCAGCUGAGUCAUUCACAGCCAGUGUUUUAGUUCAAUCCUUCCAACAAAACCCACUGAGAUUUAGGAUGAGGCCAGUUAAGGGAAAGGCCUUUCCUACAUGAAGCUGCAGAGUUUGUGCCCUGGCUGGCAUGAGAGUGCAGGGUGCAAGAGCCAGCACGAGACCUGGGCAGGUCCCCCAGCGCUGUCCUGCGUUGGAGCAGCAGGACCCUGGGAAGUCCCUGUCUCCUCUCCCCAGUGAGCUGCCCCUCUCUUUCACUCGGUCUCAGCCGUGUUUUGCUGUUUGACUCGUAGGAUGGGGGCAGUUGCGUGCCUGUGAGCUCGUGUUGUGUUUGGGGCCAGCAGUGUGCAAACAGUUCCUGGUUUGAAGUGUUAGCGGCGGGUGAGCGUUGGCGAGCCUGCACGCCCAGGAGGUCCUGGUGCUGCCCAGGUGGCACGGCCGCCAGCCAGCCCUGGGCGUCCACGACGCCCACCUCGAGCAGGAUUCAAGGUGCAGGAGCUGGCGGGGCCAGGGCAGCGCUCUGCCACCGGCUGCCAGCGCCCCUGCGAGCUCCAGAAACCGGCACCUCCUCCCCUCGGCGCCCGUAGCCAUGGCAGCAGGUUUCACUCGGAAAAAGGAUGAGCAGGCUGUUUCCCAAAACAUGAGCAAUUAGAGCCCUUCUGCUACAUUAGUUUGCAUAAAUGAAUACAAUAGUGCCUCUGGAUUAAUGGACAUGGCAUUUCAGGCACUGGAAACAGCAACUGCCUGACACUAAAUAAUUUCAUAAAGAAAUGAAGGGAAAACCUGGGCAGCGGUUUUACCCUGGCUGACUCAGCUGGAAGGGACCCUGGGCCACCUGCCGCGGCUAGCAAGGUAGCUCUGCCCUCCUAGUGUUGCCGAAUCUUUGCCAUGUACUUCCAGCAGCUCUAAGCCAUGUACCAAUGAAAUACGUCUCCUUUAAAAUGUACUUUAUGCCAUGUCUACAGUUCAGCUACCACAGUAUUUUGUAUUGUUACAUUGCCAUUGAGAAUACGUUACGAUACUUACAUUUUUAAAUGUUAUACUCAUAUCAAUACCUCAUAUUUUUACCUCAUCUGUUGGUAUCAGUCAUUAGUUGUAAAUAAUUGCAGAGCUGAAUAAAUUUGCAUACACUAAAGAA